ACCUUGCGACGUCAAUUUAACUGUGAAAACAGCUUCGAUAUUUUGACUCCUAACGAGCGGCGUUGAUAAUCGAAAAUGGGUAAAAAAGUCAAAGAAUACAAAGCCGGGGAUUUUAUAUUCGCGAAAGUGAAGGGGUAUCCAGCAUGGCCGGCAAGGGUACAAAGAAUGAAUGGGAAGAAAUACUUUGUGUAUUUCUAUGGAACCGGAGAAACUGCGAACCUCCCCCCGAACAUGAUCUUCGACUACGCGGAAAACAAAGACAAGUUUCUGACCAAGACGGUGAAGCGGCGCGACUUCAACGAUGGCGUGAAGCAGAUUGAACAUGACUUUGCCAAUAAUGUCCCAUUGGAGCAAGUUAUCGGGGGUGAUCCUGAGGCGGUACCAGCCGAAGGCGCGGACGAGUCGGCCAACGAUACAGGCAUAAAUGAAUCUAUGGAUGACAAUAUGGACACCACCAAUGCUGAUGAUACUGUUACUGAUACGACAGCCAGUAAUGCUACGCAAAACGACACAGCUGUGGAAGAUUCUGACGAAGCUGGAGCUCUGGUUAUUGAUGAAGGAAAGCAACCACCAAAAGGCCGCAAAUCCAAGGCGGAGCCUAAGAAGGAGCCCCCGAAAACGCCCAAGACGCCGCGCGGCAAGGCCAAGAAAGACGAAGACAAGAGAGAUGAAGAUGAAGAAAAGAAAGAUGAGGAGAUCGUCAGCAGAAGCGGCAGGAAGAUACGGCCCAAGAGAUACAUAGACGAACAGACUGAAGAAAACACGACAUUGCCGUCACCCGCGCCUAAGAAACGCCGUGGCGCCUCACCGGACAAAGAGAAGGAAAAGGACAAACAAGACAAAGAAAAGCCCGCCGAGAAAACUAAACAGUUUAACAACGUUUCACCGGCGGAGCUGGAAGAUCUGAAAGAGCCGUUCAAACCGGCGGACACAGAAAAAGAGAAUAUCCUCAUAGCCUAUCUACCAACUAACCAAUACAUUGGCAUCAAACUCUUCCAAUCACGACCGCCAAACUUCAAAAACGAGGCAGUCAGGCUUCAGUGGGACAAACAAGCCGCUGCUAAUGCUCUCACUUUGAAAAUGCAGCUAGAAAAGGGUCAGAUAACUCCGCAAUCAAUACUCGCUCAACUGGUGUUGGACCUAAACCUCACUGAUGAAGAAAAAGCUACCCUGGACAAAGAAAGAGAGACAGAAGAAAAACGCUCCCGUGUGCAAUUCCUGAAAACUGAAAUGAAACUGAUUGAGCUAGAUGCGAAGAUCAAAACCUGCCUGUGCCUGGAAAAGGCGGACACCGACUUGUGCUUGAAGCUAUUGGAUAAUCUCAUGGAAUUGGAAAUCCAGCCCCUAAUGCUGCUGAAGCACCCCUCCUGCCUGGAGACAAUAAAACGCAUGCGGGCGUACGUCGGCAACACGCCGUCCUGGGAUCUCAGCGAGACCGACUCCAUUCACUUCAGCAAACAAGCUCACCGCAUCAGAAAACAAGCGGAUCAUGUUUAUAAAUACAUGAAGGAUCUUUUCACAACGCCAGAAGGUCUAUCGUUCUGGGAGUUCUUCUCUGAACGCGUGCUGCAGUUCAAGAAAGCCACAUCCACAUUGAAUGCCGACGAACUGCUCGAAAUGGUUCACGAGCCUAUUGAAAUGACCCAACCUACAUCACACACCCUCAAGGCAGCUAUCGACAUAGCUAACGAAGAAGAACCUCUUUUAGAAGAAGAGAAAGAGGACACACUGAAUAAAAAAAAGGCUACACCAGCUAAGAACAAAAAAGCAGCAAACAGCACCCCUGCAAAACCACCACUAAAACGACAAUCGUCACGAAAACAGGUCGAGGAGAAACAAGACAAAGAGAAACAAACAGAGAAACAAGUAGAAAAACAAGACAAGCAACCUGAAAAGCAGGUUAAGCAAACAGAAAAACAGGACCAGCAAAAAGAAAAACAAGACACACCAACAGAAAAAGAGACUGACAAAGAACAAACAGAAAAAGAACCUGAGAACACAGAACAAACACAAGAAAAUAUAAAUGAAAACAGUCAAGCUGAUGAAAAUAACAAAGUAGAUGAGAAUAGCACAGCAAAUGAAGAUCCAAAACAGAAUGAUGUAGAAACCGAGCAAGAAAAAGAAGUUACGGAGAAGGAAACAGAAGCUGAGAAGGAUAAACCAGAAGAACAAACGAAAGAGAAAGAAAAUUCAAAAGACAAAGAUUCAAAAGAAAAAGGAAAUUCUAAAGAUAAGGAUCCUAAAGACAAGGGUAAUUCAAAAGAAAAGGAUACUAAAGGCAAACAAGAUUCCAAAGAGAAAGAUUCUAAACAAAAAGCGGAUUCAAAAGAAAAAGAUUUAAAAGAUAUAGAAAAAGAAUCAAACGGCGAUGAGAAUGACAAAAGCGAUAAAGAUGACAAAGAUAAACAUGAAGAGAAAGAGAAGGAUGAGCCUAGAGCGAAGAGAUCCAGAGGAGAGAGUAAGAAGACUGAUGUACCACCCCGGUCACCGGCAAAAAGGAAGGCUAAGAAUUAAUCUAUCUUUACAAGAUAAAAAGAUUAUUAAUAUCUUUUGUAUUUUCAAAACGCAAUUACGUUUUUUGAUAUAAGAAUACAUGUUUAGUUAUUUGUAAAGAAAGCGUACUGGUGUUGAUAGAAUACUAGUGUGAUUUACGAGAUUUAAGCCGUAAAUGGGCCAUGUGGCUACAGCCACAAAUAAACCAGGCUUUGCCACAAGUGGUCAUGCUUAGCCACAAUUAGUAAAAAGUUGCUCCAUUGCUCUUCCGAAGCGCAGCAAUAGCCAAAUGUAGCAAACGACAGCAGCUACAAAUUGCAAGCAACAGUCACCACAAAGAAGCGACAGUCACAUGAUCGCAAUCCAGUUUCUAGGUGGUCAGUCAACUCCGCAUAUCAGCCUUGACCCCAUCUUGCGUUUAACGCGUCUCUUUCGCGCUUUUGCCGUUUUAACUUUCAUCUCUUCAUAAGUGUAUCUAUCGCUCAACCACCCUUACAAUAUUUUUUCCAAUAUUUAAGAAUAAGUAUAUAUUA